UCAAAACAUAUCAAAUUUCCUUGUUUUGUUAAAAAUUUCAGCGGCCGGGCUGAGAAAAAACAGUAGAUUGCCGAAAGCAUUCUAGUUUAUAUAAAUUUUUUAUUGAAAAAUAGCAAUGGUGUCUACAAAAACUCAAGUGGAAGAACUGCAAGAUUACUUUAAAUCACAUAAUAAAACGCGAGAAGCAACUAAAGCUCAUACCGCUAAAGUUCAUUCCGUUGGUUGGAACUGCGAUGGACGCCGGUUGGCGUCUGGGUCUUUCGACAAGUCGGUUGUUAUUUUUACUUUGGAUCGAGAGCGGUUGAACAAAGAAAGCACUUACCGUGGGCACACGGGUUCGGUGGAUCAGCUAUGCUGGCAUGCUUCGUUACCAGAUUUGUUAAGUACUGCAAGUGGAGACAAGACUGUCCGAAUUUGGGACGCGCGAGCCGGUAAAUGUGCUACGAUCAUAAAUACUAAAGGAGAAAAUAUCAAUAUUACAUGGUCACCGGAUGGUAAUACUAUUGCGGUGGGCAAUAAGGAAGAUUUGGUGACGUUCAUUGAUGCUCGGAUGUACAAGAUUCUGGCGGAGGAACAGUUUUCAUUCGAGGUUAAUGAAAUUGCUUGGAGCAAUGGAAGUGAUUUGUUCUUUUUGACAAACGGCCAGGGUUGUGUACAUAUUCUUAACUAUCCCGAUCUUAAUCUGCAGCAAAUCUUGAAAGCACACCCGAGCACAUGCAUAUGUAUAGAGUUUGAUCCCACGGGAAAAUACUUUGCUACCGGUUCAGCGGAUGCCCUGGUUUCUCUAUGGGAUGCAGAGGAAUUGGCGUGUUUGAGAGUGUUCUCCCGGUUGGACUGGCCAGUAAGAACUAUUUCUUUCAGUCACGAUGGUAAAUUACUUGCAUCGGCAAGCGAGGAUCUUAUCAUCGAUAUAGGAGACACAGAGACCGGUGAUAAGGUGGCCGAUAUUUCGGUAGACGCGGCCACGUUCACGGUCGCAUGGCAUCCGAAACAAUACAUUUUGGCUUAUGCGUGCGACGAUAAAGACGCAAAUGAUCGAAGACGUGACGCGGGAAGUUUGAAAGUUUGGGGUUUUAGCGAAUAGAUGUGUAUUCAUUUUACGUUAGAAUAAACUCUUUUCUAUCUA